AUGACCAUACUUCGCGAGCCAACUUUGCUCAAAGUUCAACUAACGCAAUCCAUUUUUAUGGCUGCGCUCACAGGGGUCAUCUACCUAAAUGACUCAUAUACGCAAGAAAAGGUAGUAAAUAUCAAUGGAUCGCUGUUUCAAAUGGUCUCAACUAUGGCCUUUAUGUUCCAGUUCGCUGUUGUGCAUCUACCAAAUUUUACCUUGUGUGCACUGCUCUUCGGGACAAUUCUCUACUGGAUGUCACGGCUGACACCGCUUUGGGACACAUUCCUUUUCUAUCUGCUGGUGGCUGUACUUGUUCAGAAUACGACCAUAUCAAUU